AAAUUUUAUAACAUUUAAAUGUUAAGAUUAUCGAAGGUUAAUAAAAGGAAAACUAAGCUGCAUUGAAUAAUUUUAAGGUUAUGUUCAAAUUAUGUAAUGAUAAACAUCGGAUGACACACGAUGAUUAGCGACAUGUGGUUGGAAAAUAUUAUAAUUUCAAAUCGAAAAAUAUACAUACGUCUAGAGUAAUUUUUAUUUUUUAUAUCAAAAUACGCACAAAUAUCAAUUAUGAGAUAGGGACUAUUUUAUAUUUGAAACUUGUGUAGUCAUAGCCACUAAGAAUUCUAGAAAAAAAAAUUAUAAUUAUGUUUUGAUAUGUUUGUGGAAUAGUAUUUUUGUGGCAUUACUUUUUUAUUAUAAACCAUGGCAGAAAAUGCGGGGGCAGCAACUAUACAAACAGAAAUUGAGGUGGCAGGAACCUGUACGGAACAGGGACCGCAUACUGUACCUACAUCAGAUGAUAUCCCUAUUGAUUUCGAUGAUCCUAAAUAUCGUGCAACUCCAAUGCAACAAGUUUUAUCUUCAUGUACAGGAGCUCUUUUAACAUCAUUUCUUGUGACACCACUUGAUGUAAUAAAAAUUCGUUUACAAGCUCAACAAAAAAGUUUAAUUUCAAAUCGUUGUUAUCUAUACUGCAAUGGUCUUAUGGAUCAUUUGUGUCCGUGUGAUCAAGUUAAUGGCAUAGUUGAUCCAAGGAAUCGAAGUUUCGUGAAACCUGUUCACUUUAAUGGAACUAUUGAUGCAUUUUAUAAAAUUACCAAAUAUGAAGGUGUUUCUGCACUUUGGAGCGGACUAUCACCAACUUUAGUUCUAGCGGUACCGACAACAAUCCUAUACUUUGUAUCAUAUGAACAAAUUCGAUUAUCGUUAAAAGAUUGGUAUAAUAAAAGGAAUGUAACAAAUGGAGAACGAAUUCAACCGGCAUGGAUACCGAUUGUUGCUGGUGGUAGUGCUCGAAUAUUUUCGGCAACAAUUGUUAGUCCUUUAGAAUUAAUACGUACAAAAAUGCAAUCUGCUAAAUUAAAAUACGCAGAUGUUGCUGAAGCUUUACAAUUAUUAAUAAAAACAGAUGGUGCUAUUGGUUUAUGGAAAGGCUUAGGUCCAACUUUAUUAAGAGAUGUUCCAUUUUCGGCGGUUUAUUGGACAGUAUACGAAUUUCUUAAAAAUGAUGGAUGUAUAGAAAGAUCUUUUUUUAGUAGUUUUAUGUACGGUGCUAUAGCAGGAUCUGUCGCUGCUACAAUUACCGUACCUUUUGACGUAGUGAAAACGCAUCAACAAAUUGAAUUAGGUGAAAAAGAAAUUUAUACAGAUCGGAAACAACCAGCUGCAAGUAUGUCAAAUAUUUUCCGAAAAAUAUAUAGAAAUUAUGGAGUACGUGGUUUAUUUGCUGGUUUAACUCCAAGAGUAAUAAAAGUUGCACCAGCUUGUGCUAUAAUGAUUGCAACAUUUGAACAUGGGAAAAAAUUUUUCCACAGAAAUGCAAAUGAAACAGAACCCGAUAUUAAAAAAAAAGGGUGAAAAAACUCUUUGUAAUUAUGUUACCUGAAAAUUAU